CCGCCGUUAACUACCCACAAAAUUCAAAAAGCUAAAAAGACUUCCCCAACGGCUAUCCAAACCUAAAAUAAAAUAAAUAAACAAUAAAAUAAAUAAACAUUUUUCUACUCAUCAAAUACACGUCUCCAUCUUAACCCGUAAUUCGCAGAAUCCACAGCAAAAUCCCCAAAAUCCGAUCAACAAAAUCAAACACAUCAUCACCCACCACCGUUCGCGCCGCCACAUGGACUCCACGCCGCCGCCGCCAGUCUCUCUCUCCUCGUCCCGGCCCAAAUCCACCUCAAGGCUCUCCAAGCUCCGCCAUUACAGCGGCUCGCCCAUACCCCAACUCUCGCUCGAAAUCGUCCCUUCUUCCCCCAAAACAGCGCCUCCAUCUCCGGAUGUGACGGCGAUAUCGCCAAGACCGCCGUACACUCUGCCUCUGAAAGAGUUCCUUGUGCUCUCACCUUCGCCUAUUAAGAAACCGAAGGCCCGUUUGGCGGAAAGGCCCGAGGUGGGCGACGAAGGUGGCCCGGUGGAGAGCUUUGGGGUUAGGAAGAGGUGCAAGAACAGAAAUUCGAUUGCUUCGCCAAGGAGCGUUCGGAGGUCGAGGAGAAAAUUGGAGCAAGAUGUUGUUUUUAGAGAGGAAAGAGAGAGUCUUGGAGGGGAGGAGAUUUUGGUGAAGCCGAGGAAGAAGAGGCACGGUGAAAGACCGAGAAAAGAGAAAUCGGCUGCGCCUUCUAAAGUCCCAUCGCCAAGAACUGUUGAUGGUGUCGGGUACAAUCUUGAUGCGAUUGGCGAGAUUAUAAAUGAUUUGGUGAUGUGGAAGGACGUCUCAAAGUCGAGCCUUUGGUUCGGUUUUGGAUCUCUCUGUAUACUGUCUUCUUGCUUUGCAAGGGGGGUUAAUUUUAGCAUUUUCUCGAUUGUAUCUCGAGUGGGGCUUCUAUUCUUGGGAUUGGCAUUCUUCUCCAAUUCAAUGCGCAAGCGGACUGGCAAUGAAAUUAAGCACGAGUUCAAGUUGAAUGAAGACGAUAUACUUCGAGUAGGCAGAUUAAUGCUACCGGCUGCUAAUCUUGCUAUUUCGAAAACAAGACAAGUGUUUUCCGGAGAACCAGCCAUGACCCUCAAAGUUGUUCCGAUUUUUCUCAUGGGAGCAGAGUACGGUCAUCUUAUAACCUUAUGGAGAUUAUGUGCACUUGGGUUCUUCAUCAGCUUCACAGGCCCGAAGCUCUAUUCAGCCUACUCUUCUCAGAUACUGAAGAAAGUCGAAUAUUUGAAAACGUCGGCUAUGGAAGCAUGGGAAAGCUGCACACACAAAAGGGUUGUGGCUGCAUCGGCUGUGACGGCCUUCUGGAAUCUGACAUCUAUCAGAACUCGUAUAUUUGCCGCGUUCUUGUGUCUAGUGAUGCUAAGAUAUCACAGACAGCAGUGGGAAGUAACAGGAGAAGGAGAAGAUGAUAAAUCGGAAAUAAAGCCGCAGGAACAAGAAAAGGCAAUAGUGGCAGUUGAAAUUGAAUCCAACAAGAAACUCAACACUGAGUCCAGCAGAGGAAUAGAUUAUCAGAAGAGAUGGAAAGGGAUUCAGACUGCAAAGCUUAUAAAUAUGCUAGGUGGCCAGACACUCACAAAGGGAAAACUGACUCACCAGGGAUAUGAAAGGAGGACAAGGUCAGCAAAAGAAGGCUCAUACGCUCAGACUGUGAGCAUCGACGUCAUCAAGGCGGAUGCCGUAGCUGUGUGGUACGGCUGCAUCGACUCCAGGCACGCGCUCAAUUCGACGGGAUACCUGAGGACGCGGUGCGCGAGUAGAGGAGCUCUAGAUGGGAGGCGGAAGGGGGCGGACCGAGCUGAUUUUGCCUCGGAGGCGAAUCUCGUGGCGGCGUUACGGACGGCUGACGACCGGAAAAUGGAUCUGGCGGCGGUCGAUGCGGCGGACAUUACCAUUUUUCCUUUAUUUUUUUGA